GUCCGCGCCGAGGGACGUUUUGACCCCAUCUUACGUCAACCAAUCAAAGGUCGCAAAGUGGGUGGUGGUGUGCGUCUGGGCGAGAUGGAACGCGACUGUCUCCUUUCGCAUGGUCUCUCUUUCACCCUACAGGAUCGCCUUGUUGGCUCCAACUGUGACCGCGUCAAGAUAAUGAGCUUCAAUGAGGAAGAGGACACGAAAUCUCUUCAGUACAAGUGUGCGACAUUAAAAUCUACUACGGUCUGA